UCUCUGUCUCUCUCUCUCGUCUUUACAAUACAGAUCAAACCCCAACCGCUCAGUCUAAAACUUAGAAUACUCAACAUUGGAAAAUUAUUUGCAGGUCCAUCGAAGAGCAUUGUUGACAAACCAAGACGAUGACUAAGAAAAAGGUGGUGGUCAAGGUGUCCAACAUGAAUGUUACGAAUCGGAAGUACUUGCUCUUCCCGAAUUUUAGAAGGCAAGAUAAUCGCUUGAAGGCUCUUCAAAUUGCGGCGGCCGUCCCCGGGUUCCAAUCAUUGAGUAUGAAAGGAGCAGACCGAGACGUGAUUGAAGUAACGGGGGACGGAGUCGAUGCAGUCGACCUCGUCAAUAAGCUUCGCAAGAGCGUGGGUCAUGCAAAGUUGGAGACGGUGGAUGACGUCAAAGAGGAGAAGAAAGAAGAAAAGCCCAAGGAACGUGAGCCGCUGCCGCCGCCGCCGCCGCCGCCGCCUCUGUACAUUGUGACGGAACCCGAACCACCUUGUUGUACCAUCAUGUAAAGCUCUCUCUCUAUUUCUCUAGAGCUACACCAUGUGAUAACUUCCCAACAAUUUCCCCACUACCGUUUUCUUUUUGCCUUGUACUUCAGCCUUUGAAUAAUGGUAAGUGUGUCUACAUC